UCAGAGGCGGGCUGAGGGCGAGGGUCUCCCCGCCAGAGCCGGGCAAAUGAAAAGGCGCAAACCGCAGCCGCGCUCCCGCUCCUCCCUGCGCUCCUGGCAUUGUUUGCACGCUGAGCCGUGGGGAGCACCGCGCGGCUGGCCGCUGCCUCGCUGGCUGCCGGCUCUUGCAGGGCUGCUGGGAGUUUUUAAGCGCUGUGAGAAUCCUGGGAGUUGGUGAUGUCAGACUGGUUGGGUCAUUUGAAGGUUAGCAGCCCGGGAAGGGUUCACCGAAAGUUCACUCGCAUAUAUUAGGCAAUUCAAUCUUUCAUUCCGUGUGACAGAAGUGGUAGGAAGUGAGCUGCUCCGAGGCAGGAGGGUCUAUUCUUUGCCAAAGGGGGGGAACCAGAGUUCCCGUGCGCUGCGGCCGCAGGACUGGGAUGCCGAGGACGCGAGCCACCCGGGCAGGGCGCGUCUGGGCACCGGCGGGGUAGGACCCGCGCGCUCCCGGAGGCCUGCGCGGGCGUCGCCUGGAAGGGAGAACUUGGGAUCGGUGCGGGAACCCCCGCCCCGGCUGGAUCGGCCGAGCGAGCCUGGAAAAUGGUAAAUGAUCAUUUGGAUCAAUUACAGGCUUUUAGCUGGCUUGUCUGUCAUAAUUCAUGAUUCGGGGCUGGGAAAAAGACCAACAGCCUACGUGCCAAAAAAGGGGCAGAGUUUGAUGGAGUUCGUGGACUUUUCUGUGCGGCUCGCCUCCACACCUAGAGGAUAAGCACUUUUGCAGAGCGCGGUGCGGAGAGAUCAUGUUUGACUGUAUGGAUGUUCUGUCAGUGAGUCCCGGGCAGAUCCUGGAUUUCUACACCGCGAGCCCGUCCUCCUGCAUGCUGCAGGAAAAGGCUCUCAAAGCCUGCCUCAGUGGAUUCACCCAGGCCGAAUGGCAGCACCGGCAUACUGCUCAAUCCAUCGAGACACAAAGUACCAGCUCUGAGGAGCUCGUCCCGAGCCCCCCUUCUCCACUUCCUCCUCCUCGCGUGUACAAGCCCUGCUUCGUCUGCCAGGACAAGUCAUCGGGCUACCACUAUGGCGUCAGUGCCUGUGAGGGGUGCAAGGGCUUUUUCCGCCGAAGUAUUCAGAAGAACAUGAUCUACACUUGCCAUCGAGAUAAGAACUGCGUUAUUAACAAGGUCACUAGGAAUCGAUGCCAGUACUGCCGCCUGCAGAAGUGCUUUGAAGUGGGCAUGUCCAAAGAGUCUGUUAGGAAUGACAGGAACAAGAAAAAGAAGGAGCCGUCAAAGCAGGAAUGCACAGAGAGCUAUGAGAUGACAGCAGAGCUAGACGACCUCACCGAGAAGAUCCGCAAAGCCCACCAGGAAACCUUUCCCUCACUCUGCCAGCUGGGUAAAUACACCACGAAUUCCAGCGCUGACCACCGGGUCCGAUUGGACUUGGGCCUCUGGGACAAAUUCAGUGAGCUGGCCACCAAGUGCAUUAUUAAGAUCGUGGAGUUCGCCAAGCGUCUGCCGGGCUUCACGGGUCUGACCAUCGCAGACCAGAUCACCCUGCUCAAGGCCGCCUGCUUGGACAUCUUGAUUCUCAGAAUUUGUACCAGGUAUACCCCAGAGCAAGACACCAUGACUUUCUCUGAUGGCCUUACACUAAAUCGAACUCAGAUGCACAAUGCUGGCUUCGGUCCUCUGACUGACCUUGUGUUCACCUUUGCCAACCAGCUCCUGCCUUUGGAAAUGGAUGACACAGAAACAGGCCUUCUCAGUGCCAUCUGCUUAAUCUGUGGAGACCGCCAGGACCUUGAGGAACCAACAAAAGUAGACAAGCUCCAAGAACCACUGCUGGAAGCACUAAAGAUUUACAUUAGAAAACGACGGCCCAGCAAGCCUCACAUGUUUCCAAAGAUCUUAAUGAAAAUCACAGAUCUCCGCAGCAUCAGUGCAAAAGGUGCAGAACGUGUAAUUACCUUGAAAAUGGAAAUUCCUGGAUCAAUGCCACCUCUCAUUCAGGAAAUGCUGGAGAAUUCUGAAGGACAUGAACCCUUGACCCCAAGUUCAAGUGGGAAUACAGCAGAGCACAGUCCCAGUGUGUCUCCCAGCUCAGUGGAGAACAGUGGAGUCAGUCAGUCACCGCUGCUGCAGUGAGACAUUUCCAGCUGUUGCAGACAUUCCCCAGGACCUUCAGUUCCAGAUUGAAAAUGCAAGGAAAACAUUUUUACUGCUGCUUAGUUUUGAACUGAAAUAUGUUAAACUCAAAAAGGACCAAGAAGUUUUCAUAUGUAUCAAUAUAUAUUCCUUACUGUGUAACUUGCCUAGAAAUACAAACUUUUCAAAUUCUGAAAAUCAGCCAUUUCAUGCCACCAGAAUCUAGUUUAAAGCUUCUACUUCCCUCUCUGAACAGUCAAGAUGCAUGGCAAAGACCCAGUUGAGAUGAUUUAGCCCUGGUUAAGUUUCUGAAGACUUUGUACAUACAGAAGUACGGCUCUGUUCUUUCUAUACUGUAUGUUGGUGCUUUCUUUUGUCUUGCAUACUCAGUAACCAAGACACCAAGGUUAUGGAGCAGACCACUGUACAUCCACUGUACGUCUUGCUUUCAUGAAUAACAAGGCCUCACGGUAAGGAACCAGGACCUUUGUACAGUACAGGAUAAGACUAAAGACACUCUGGUUUUAAGUAGUGUGGAAGCUUCUCCUUGCUUUUUGAUGCUCUCAAGCUGCAUCCUUUUAUGUUGCCCAGAUAGAGUAUACCACUUCACUGCACAACCAGAAGAGAAUUCUGUAUCAGUGAAACUGCCAGUUCAGUUAAUCCAAUGUCAUUGUUCAAUUGUUAAUGAUGUCACUUUAAAUUAAAAGUGGUUUAUUUCUUAAUGACACAACUACCGAAUGAAAAAAAUGAAGCAUUUUUAUAGUCAUGAUAGCCUCCAAGGCAAAAACACUGUCCAGUGUUAAUAAGUUUGUUUACCUGUUCACAAGCCAUUGGAGAAAUAUCACAGGAUAAUCAGCAAGUUAGUCUGCCAUCUGGACUCUAGUAGCCCAGUGUCCUUGCUGACUCAGGCCUGAUCCUGGGAUUUCCCCCAGUCUUGACGCUUGAAGGUAUGGGCAAGUGGCCUCCUCUGGCCUUGUUCAAUCACUAUGAUGCAGACUGACAGCUCUGGGAGAAUGAGUGGUUGACAGACUCAAGUGUCAGCUUCUGACUUCUCAUGUAAGCACUAGUGGAAUUUUUGUUUGUUUGUUUUUGAUAUAUUAGCAAAAGUCUGUGAUGUACCACUGGCUCUGUUUGUACAUUGAGAUGGUUUAACAGUGCUUUCUAUGUUCAUAUACUGUUUACCUUUUUCCAUGGAGUCUCCUGGCAAAGAAUAAAUAUAUUUAUUUUAAA